AAAAAUGUAUGGCGUCAAUUAUAAAUCCGUGGACUAUCUCGCAUUUAGAAGUAAUCCGAAUCCGAAAGUGGCGCAAAGGUGAAGGGUAGCACGUUUCUUGGCGUGCAUCAUCGUUCGGGACAAGGGUCCAUUUACCUUCGCCGAAUCUUCCGUCUACCACGCGGUGUCUCACGCUGUAUCUCUCUCUCCUCCGGAUAGCAUUGCUCUAUAAAUCUGAGUAUAUCGGCAGUUGGGUUACACGGAAUCAACAACAAGGUCCACGCUUCAACCUCAACAUGACUGGCAGGCCAUCAACGCCACCGCGAGCGACUCGCUCAGCGGGCAGGCUACCACCGAACCCUCCCACUCCGGAGCAGAUCAGAAGAAUGGAAGAAGCCCGGCUCAAGGCCAAAGCCGCUGCACAACAAGCUCAAGCAUCGAGGCCCUCUCCUGCGCCCGUCGCCGGCGCAAAGCGCGCAUACUCAUCCAUGACAGCCUCAAACACACCAAUACAAGUUCGCAAUGCCGCUGCCGCAUCCCCACAGAAGCACGAUCAGAAUGGCUUCAUGCAGCCGCCCUCGAACGAUUACAUCCAGCCUGCUAAGAAAUACGCGAGAUCAGACUUCAUCGAUUAUGAUUUCAGUACUAUGACAGAUACGAAGGGUGGAUUUUUGAGCACAAUAGAUGAUCCGCAUAAUAAGGCCAUGUGGAAGGGACAACCGAGAGAAGAUCAAAAGCCUGAAGGCAUGACCAUGGCGGACUGGGAGAGGGAGCGUAUCAGGCGGAAAUUGCGUGAAAACAGGGCAGGGCCGUAUGAACCCGGGAUAUCCAUUUUAGACACUGUAAAUGGCAGAGAGGAAGAGGAAGAGGAAGCUGCUUUGCUAGAAGCCGCCGAGAAUGCCGAAGUCGAGAGCGGAACAUACAAGGGCAAAUACGGCGACGGCAAGCGCGACAUCAAAGGCAAAUGCCGCGAAUGUAGAUCUCUAGAAAUCGACUGGAAAUGGCAAGACAUAUUCGGUAUUGGGAUAUGCAAUAGCUGCAAAGAGAAGUUACCUGACAAGUACUCACUCCUUACGAAGACCGAAGCAAGGGACGACUACCUCCUCACAGACCCAGAACUAAAAGACGAAGACCUCCUCCCCCAUCUCGAACGUCCAAACCCGCACAAACAAUCUUUCCACGCCAUGCAGCUUUUCCUCCGCCUACAAGUCGAAACCUAUGCUUUUUCCCCUGCGAAAUGGGGGUCUCCAGAAGCGCUAGACGAGGAGUAUGAAAAGCGCUCGAAAAUCAGCAAAGAACGGAAAGAAAAGAAGUUUAAGAAUAAGCUUGAGGACUUGAAAAAGCGGACAAGGGUUGAGGCAUAUAAAAGGGCGCGGUUGGGCGGGGUGGGAGAUGCACAGUUUGGCCAAAAGAUCAAGGGACGGUAUGAUAAACAUGAGCAUGAGUGGGGGAGGAGUAUGCUUGAUCCGGAGACGGGGAUGACAAGGAAGAGGUGUGAGGAAUGUGGAAUGGAAGUUGAGGAGUUGGAGUUUUAGUUGGGAGUGUCAGCGGUUAGAAGAUGCAUAGAGGAGUAAGACGCACAUGUAGCGAAAAGUAACGCGAGAUGAAAUGAUACCCCUAUAUGAGUAACACGAAGUAUUCCCAAGCCAGGUUGCCAC